CUACAGACGCUCCGAUUUGGUUGGUGCCAACCAUCCGACCACGACCAAAUCGGAAAGUGUAGAGAGCGGUCGGUCCGACAUAAUUAUUAUUAAUAUUGGUUUGACGUGGUCGGAUGCGCCAGCGAUACCAACCAAACCAACUUCCUAUCCGACCCAACCAAAUUGGAACGUUUGUAAGCUUUGUUCCGACCAAAUCGGCUCAUUCCAUAGAGUAAUAUAGGUAAUUGACUCAUUCGCAUUCGCAACGCCGCCGGUGUGUCAACAUGAACGCCGAGGGAGUUACAGUCACCGAACGUGAUAUUAUAAUAAAAUUACUGGAAGUAUAUAAAGACUUUCCCUGUUUAUGGGAUUUAACUAAUAAAGAUUACGCAAACAGAGAUGCCCGAAAUCAAGCAUAUAUUAUUAUGUUAGAACUAUUAAAAAAAAUUGACAGUGGGGCUACAUUAAAAACAUUAAAAAAUAAGUUAGAUAAUAUGCGUACAUCCUAUAGGAGGGAGCGAAAAAAGGUGGAAGCUAGCAAGACUAGUGGCGCUGGAAACGAUGAGGUGCAUACGCCAUCACUAUGGUACUAUGAACACCUCUUAUUCUUGGAUGAAAAAAUCACGCCGACGACAGAGGUUAUUGAUAAUAUGGAGACGGAUUCUUCCCAGUCACAUAAUGAUGAGGAACCUGCAACAAAAAGAGAACGCGUUACGAGAAGAAAGCAAAAUGACAUUUUAAAGAAACAGUCGGAAUUACUAGAGUCUGCUAAAAUAUUAAUAUCUGGUGACGGCACAUCAGCUGAUGCUUUCGGGAACUCCGUGAGUUCUCAGCUCAAGGAGCUCCCAAAAGUACAAAGAUGCCUCGCCGAAAAAUUAAUAGGAGAAACAUUGUUCUAUGCAAAACUAGGAGUGCUUACUUUUGAAACCUCAAUAAAUAUUAAAAGAAGAUCAGUACAAUAUUUAGGUCAGGGGUACGCGUACCAGCAGCAGGUGCCACAAACAUAUGCACCAUCACCAACACCAUCACCUCAGCAUCACCAGCCGUCACCAUAUGCACCAUCACCAUCACCAUCACCACAGCAUCACCAACCGACACCAUUUGCACCAUCACCAACACCAUCACCACAGCAUCACCAGCCGUCACCAUUUGCACCAUCACCAACACCAUCACCACAGCAUCACCAGCCGUCACCAUAUGCACCAUCACCAUCACCAUCACCUCAGCAUCACCAGCCGUCACCAUUUGCACCAUCACCAUCACCAUCACCUCAGCAUCACCAGCCGUCACCAUUUGCACCAUCACCAUCACCAUCCCCACAGCAUCGUCAGCCAUCACCAUCACAUAAGUACUCACAUACAUCACAAUCACUUCAACUCAGUCAGCCAUCAACGUCAUCAACAUUACCUCAGCUUCCACCAUCAUCAUACCAGCAACAAUUAGAUUCCAAUUCAUUAAUUAAUUACAUAAGCAGCAAUCAACAACAGGUAGUCAGAGGAAAGGGGAAGGAGUUAAAAAAAUAUUUGAUUUUUAAAAAGUAAUUUUUCAGUGAUAUUCGUACUUUUCCAUUUUAAUUUUUACUAGCUUUCCGCCCGCCUUUGUCUAAAACCUAAUAAAUUAUGUACUAAAA